UGAUGUCAAUUUACAUUUGUCUUGUUGCUGCCAUUUUUUAUUAAAAUCCCCUCACCAUUUUUUCUCCUUAUUUAAAUAUCAUCAACCCAAAAUCUGCCAUUUUCUUUCAAUCUAAUUCACUUCAAAAACCUGGCUAUCUUUCCAAAAAUUCAAUCUUUCCUACUGAUUCUAAAAAUACUCUAUUGUGAAUUCUGUUUCUUGAUCUGAAACAGAGAAUAAACAAUCAUGGGGUUUGAUAAAGAAGCCGGUUCAUCAUCUCAUGUGCUUCAAGUACCAUCUUUUCCAAGAGAAGACACGCCACUUAUAGGCAAAAAGCCUCCUCUUUCUUCACAAUUCAAGACCUUUGCUAAUGUUUUUAUUGCCAUAGUCGGAGCCGGGGUUCUGGGGCUGCCUUAUACUUUCAAGAAAACAGGUUGGGUUAUGGGUUGUCUCAUGCUUUUUUCUGUGGCUUUCCUUACUUAUUACUGUAUGAUGUUGCUGGUUCACACUCGCAGAAAGCUUGAAUCUUUUCAGGGGUUUUCGAAGAUUGCUUCUUUUGGUGAUCUGGGGUUUAUUGUUUGUGGUCCUGUGGGUCGUUUUGCUGUUGAUAUUCUAAUUGUUCUUGCACAGGCUGGUUUUUGUGUGAGUUAUCUUAUCUUUAUAGCUAAUACUUUAGCCUAUGUUUUUGAUCAACAAUCUAAUGAGAGAAUUAUGGGGUUUUUAAGUCCUAAAGCUUUGUAUAUAUGGGGUUGUUUUCCUUUCCAAUUAGGGCUAAAUUCAAUUCCAACUUUAACUCAUUUGGCUCCUCUAAGUAUUUUUGCUGAUGUUGUUGAUCUUGGAGCUAUGGGGGUGGUUAUGGUAGAAGAUGUGAUUGCCUUUCUGAAAUAUAAGCCAGAUUUGCAGGCUUUUGGUGGGUUCUCUGUGUUUUUUUAUGGUAUAGGGGUGGCUGUUUAUGCCUUUGAAGGGAUAGGUAUGGUUUUACCAUUAGAAACUGAGACAAAAAACAAGGAAAAGUUUGGGAAAUUGUUGGGGUUAUGUAUGGCAUUCAUUUCUUUAUUAUAUGGAGGAUUUGGGGUAUUGGGUUACUUUGCAUUUGGUGAUGACACUAAAGAUAUAAUCACCACCAACUUAGGGCAAGGAUUAGUGAGUAAUUUAGUUCAGUUUGGUUUGUGUGUGAAUCUUUUCUUCACAUUUCCACUGAUGAUGAACCCGGUUUAUGAAGUCGUAGAGCGGAGAUUUUGCGAUUCGAGGUACUGUGUAUGGUUAAGAUGGGUGGUGGUUCUGGCAGUAAGCUUAGUGGCUCUAUUAGUACCAAAUUUUGCAGAUUUUUUGUCUCUGGUGGGGAGUAGUGUUUGCUGCACUCUGGGAUUUGUGCUGCCUGCUCUGUUUCAUUUUAAGGUGUUUAAGGAUGAAAUGAGUUGGAAAGUUUUGAGCUUUGAUUGUGUGAUUUUAGUUUUUGGUUUGGUGGUUGCAAUCAGUGGAACUUGGUCUUCUCUGGGGGAGAUUUUUGCUUCUAAAUCUUAGGCUCGUUUAGAUUCUUUUGUGUUGCAUCUCUCUAUGUCAUUGCUAUUCCUCUUUUAACUGGAUUAGUAAAGAUGUACAAAUUUAUUUAUGAGACUAAAUACUUUUGUGUUUCUUUCUAUGUCAUUGAUAUUCCCUUUUUACCUGGAUUGGUAAAGAUGUACAAAUUUAUUUAUUUAUGAGACUAAAUAGAAAAUAAUGUUGAUGUAUUA